AUGGAGUCAACGGCAUUGAAUGGGAGAAUGACUAGAUGGCAAAUCCUACUCUCUGAGUUUGAUAUAGUAUAUGUAAGUCAGAAGGCCAUCAAAGGGAGUGUGAUAGCAGAUUUCUUGGCUAGCAAAGCUUUAGAAGAUGAUGAACCUCUGGACUUUGAUUUUCCGAAUGAAGAUUUGAUGUAUGUGGCCAAUGAUGAAGAAGACUCCCAAGAAAAUCAUUCUUGGAGGUUAAACUUUGAUGGAGCCUCAAAUGCAUUAGUCUAUGGGCUUGGGGCAAUCCUGGUAUCUCCAAACGGGGAUUAUCAUCCUUUCGCCAGUAAAUUGGACUUCAAUUGCACUAACAAUAUGACUGAGUAUGAAGCUUGCAUCAUGGGUAUUCGAGCAGCCAUAGAACGAAAAAUUAAGACAUUAGAAGUAUAUGGAGACUCAAUAUUAGUGAUAUACCGACUAAAAGGGGAAUGGGAAACGAGAGACCCCAAGUUGAUUCGUUAUCGGAGAUUGGUUCUGGAAUUGAUUGAAGAGUUUGACAAAAUUACCUUCUGUUAUCUCCCACGGGAAGAAAAUCAGAUGGCUGACGUUCUUGCUACUUUAGCCUCCAUGAUUAAAGUAAAUCAGUUACAGGACAUGAAGCCCAUUCAAAUUAGUAUUUAUGAGAUCCCAGCCCACUGUUACAGUAUUGAAGAAAUGGAGAAUGAUAAUCGUCCAUGGUACCAAGAUAUAUUUCUAUAUGUGAAGAAUCGUGAAUAUCCUAAUCAGCCCGGAUUCGGGUUAAGGGAGGCUGAGGAAGUCGAAUGGGGAAUAUUCCCCUCUUCCGGCCACUACAGACGGCGGCGCCGUAGUCGGAGGCCGGCGAUCGGGUCAGCGAUAGAUGACCGGCCAGUAACUGGACCUACGGCAGACGACGUGAAAGGAGAGAGCUUUUUGAAGGUUCUAUGA